GCUCGUCUCCGCAUUUUCUAUUUGAUUCGCUCGAAGUUAGAGGCGCGUUUAGCAUUAAAAUGCAUUAUUCAACGCGGGCAAUUAAAAAUGCUGUCUUCGGUGGCCACCGAUUUCCCUUGUCCCCCUAAACCAAAUGUAUUUAAGGAAUCCGGCGAGGGCAGCCCUUGUUCAGUCUGUCUGCGGAAUAAGUCAGAUCCAUACGCGCCCACCAAAAGGAUUAUACACUAAUAGCAAAAGGACCAGCAGUCGAAGUCCUGGAACGGAAUUCAAAAAGGAUACGCGAUCAGUGAACUCGAUUGAAAGCGGUUUCUGCUAAAAAGUGAAAAUAAGGAUCCUGUUUCGAUUAGCAUAAAAAAGAAAAAUUUACACUCAAAAACGCUGUAUUGCUAGGAAAAAAUCUUAAAAGAAGUACUUUGUCAAAGUUGGGUCCUCACACAGACUGAGCCGAUAAAGGUCCCGAGAAUGCCCAUCCAAAGAAAAUCCCAGACGGAGAAGGAGGCGGGCGAGGAUGGAGAAAUUGUGAUCUCGGGACUUUCCGGAAAAUUGCCAGAGAGCAGUAACAUCGAGGAGUUCAAAUACAAUCUUCUGAAUGGCAUCGACAUGGUAACAGAUGAGCCCCGUCGAUGGGAAGCAGGCAUCUACGGACUGCCGGAGCGCAUGGCCAAGAUGAAGGACUCCGACCUGGAGAAGUUCGACGACCAGUUCUUCGGCGUGCACCAGAAGCAGGCGGAGCUGAUGGACCCCUGCAUGCGGAUGCUGCUCGAGCUGACCCACGAGGCGAUCAUCGAUGCGGGCAUCAAUCCCGCCCAGCUGCGCGGCACUCGGACCGGCGUGUACAUCGGGCUCUCCUUUGUGGAGACGGAGCACGAGAUCCCCAACAUGGAGCCGAGCAGCAUCAACGGCUACUGCCUGACGGGAUGUGCGCGGGCCAUGUUCGCCAACCGGAUCUCGUACACCUUCGACUUCAAGGGACCGAGCUUCAUCGUGGACACCGCCUGCUCCAGUUCGCUGGUGGCCCUGAGCCACGCCUUCGCCGACAUGAAGGCCAACCGCUGUGAUUACGCCCUGGUGGCGGGGGUGAACCUCAUCCUGAAGCCGAUCUUCGCCCUCCAGUUCCUGCGGCUGGGCAUCGUGAGCCACGACGGCGCCUGCAAGACCUUCGAUGCGGCGGCCAACGGGUACGCCCGGGCGGACACCUGCGCCGUGGUGCUGCUCCAGCGGCGGAGGCAGGCCCGCCGGGUCUACGCCAGCAUCCUGAACGUGCGCACCAACACGGACGGCUUCAAGGAGCAGGGCGUCACCUUUCCCGACGGCCGCAUGCAGCAGGCUCUGCUGGAGGAGACGUACGCGGAGAUCGGCCUGAACCCAGACGAGGUGGUCUACGUGGAGGCACACGGCAGCGGCACCCCGGUGGGCGACGACCAGGAGGCCAACAUGCUGAGCAACUUCUUCUGCCGGCCAACGCGGUCCAAUCCCCUCCUGAUUGGCUCCGUCAAGUCCAACAUGGGCCACGCGGAACCGGCCUCGGGGGUGAGCGCUCUGGCCAAGAUGAUCAUCGCCAUGGAGGAGGGCGUCAUUCCGAGGAACCUGCACUACCACACGCCCAAUCCCUCGGUUCCGGCUCUGGUCGAGGGUAGACUAAAGGUGGUGGACAGGAACCUUCCCUGGAAUGGCGGCAUUGUUGGCCUCAACUCCUUUGGCUUUGGCGGAGCCAAUGCCCAUGUGGUGCUCAAAUCCCAUGCAAAGAACAAAGUGCCUAGGGAUCAUUUAAGCUCAACAGAGCAGUCCCUUAAGCUAGUUAUCUGUUCUGGUCGAACGGAGGAGGCAGUGCAGCAGUUGCUGAAGGUGGCCACGGAGCAGCGGAACGACCAGGAGCUGCUCACCCUCAUUAAUGAGAUCCACUCGCAUCCCAUUCCCCUGCAUCCCUUCAGGGGCUACGCUGUGUUGGAUUCCAAGGGCUCCGUGAAGGAGGAGGUGCUGCCCUUCGAGGAAGAGGAGCGACCUAUCUGGUUCGUCUACGCCGGAAUGGGCAGUCAGUGGGCCAGCAUGGCCAGGGAUCUCAUGCAGCUGGAGGUCUUUCGAAAGUCCAUAGAACAUUGCGCCGAGGUUUUGGCGAAAGUGGACUUUGAUCUUAUAGACGUGCUGACCCGUUCCACGGAAAGCACCUUCGACAACAUGCUGUACUCCUUCGUCUCCGUCUCCGCCGUGCAGGUUGCACUGACGGAUCUUCUCCGGCUGCUGAACAUUCGGCCGGAUGGAAUCAUUGGGCACUCGGCUGGUGAGCUUGGGGCAGCCUACAUGGACGGAUGUCUCACGGCGGAGCAAACUGUGCUGGCCGCCUACUGGCGAGGCAGAAGUGUUCUGGACACUCCGGACUUGCCACGCGGAAAGAUGGCAGCCGUGGGUCUCAGUUGGCAGCAGGUUGGAUCGCAUAUCCCGGAGGAUUGCUAUCCUGUUUGCCACAACAGCAAUGACAACUGCACGGUUUCUGGGCCGCCGGACUCCAUGGAUACCAUGAUCCAAAAACUCACUGCGGAGGGAGUCUUUGUGAGGGAAGUGGGGUCCGGAGGAUAUGCCUUCCACAGUCCAUAUAUCGAAGGAGCAGCUCCCAUGUUGCGAAAAAAUCUAGAAAGAUUAAUCACCGAUCCCAAGAAAAAGAGUUCGAAGUGGCUGAGCACCAGCGUUGAGGAAACGGAAUGGGGAUCGGAAAAGAAUAAAUUUGCAUCCGCUGGUUACUUCAUACACAACCUGAUCUCUCCUGUUUUGUUCCACCAAGCUAUUAAGAAAAUCCCAGCAAACGCACUGAUUGUGGAGAUUGCUCCCCAUGGACUUUUCCGGGCGAUUCUCCGCUCCUUGAGUCCGCAGAUCAGCUAUGUGAGUCUCAUGCAGCGAGGACAUGCCAACAACCUUGAGUUCCUUUUGAGCCAACUGGGCAGACUCUUUGCUGCCGGAGGUCAACCCCAAGUGCUAAAGAUUUUCCCGCCGAUAAUCUACCCCGUUUCCCGAGGCACUCCAAUGUUGGGUUCCUUGGUGGGUUGGGAUCACUCGCAGAAGUGGAACUACCCAAAGUUCGAGGGCGGGCGACAGGCUGGUCAGCUGAGUGUGGAACUAGACCUGGGCAAGGAGGAGAACUCCUUCCUGGCGGGGCACACAAUCGAUGGAAGGAUCCUGUUCCCGGCCACCGGCUACAUGACUCUGGCUUGGAUGAGCUUCGCCCAGCAGCAGGGGUUGGACUACCUGCGCACUCCUGUGCUCUUCGAGGAUGUGGUUUUCCAUCGAGCCACGAUUCUCGGAGUGGGCACUGUGGUUAAGCUGACCCUCAACUUCUUUCCGGGCAGCAGCUCCUUCGAAAUCUGCGAGGGCAGCAGCCUGGUGGCCUCGGGAAAGAUCCGUUUGGUAUCCAACGUGCAGCAGGAGCGGCUCAAACUUCCAUUACUGCCGGGAACUGCUGGAUCCCACAAACUCAGCACCAAGGACAUAUACAAGGAGCUCAGGCUAAGGGGAUACGACUACAGUGGAGCUUUUCAGGGUAUUUUGGAGUCUGACAUUGCAGCGGUGGCAGGUCGCUUGCAGUGGGCUGAUAACUGGAUCAGUUUCAUGGACACCAUGUUGCAGUUUCGCAUCCUAAGCAACGACAUCCGGGAGCUGUAUGUGCCCACGGGAAUCGAGAGGGCCCUAAUCGAUCCUGUGAAGCAUUUGGAGCUGGCGAAGAAGCACCAACAAAAGCUGACUGUGAACUGGCAUCGAAACAUAUCGGUGGUAAAGUGCGGAGGCGUGGAAAUCCACAAAAUGAAAACAGCUCAAACUCAGAGAAGAACCGGUGGCCAAUCUGCACCCAGUUUGGAGAGGUAUCGCUUUUGGCCGUACUUCCAGCACUUGGGACAAAGGGAGGAUCAGAAGAAGUCGAGGAACUCGGCUUUGGCAGUUGCCAUUCAACUCAUUAUCGAGAACAGUGGUGGAGCCAUGAAACUCAAGGGCGUGGAACUGGCUGGAUCGAAAAAUAAUAUGGAUAAUCUAAGUGCCUUGCAGCUUCUUGAACUCAUUGAAAGGGAACCCGUUUUGGUGGGCGAUCUUGCAGUGGUCACCACUUCCUCCAGCGACUCUGAGUUGAGUGAUCAGCUGAAGGAACACGGCAUUAGGGUGAUAAACAAGGACAUAUCAGCUGGAGCGGUGGAGCAGCAGUGUCAUUUUGUCUACUCCUUGGAUAUCCUGGCCAAAAACUCUCUCGAAGAUCUUCAGCACUCCUUGGACAGCUUAAAAACUGAGGUUGGAUUUCUGCUGCUUGAAGAAACUGCCAGCAGAUACAACAUUCUUGGAAAGGAGAAGCUGAGUAAACUUCAAAUUGUGCCUGUUUUUGAGCAGUUUUUUGGAAGCGAUAAAGUUUUGGUCUUGGCCAGAAAACUUCCAAGUGUUAAGACCACUCAAGGCUUGACUCUCCAGCUAAGCAACAGGCAAUUUAAAUGGGUGAAUGAACUUAAGAGUUCAUUGGUCAAAGCUCAGACUGAAAAAAUAAAUCUCUAUUUGGUGGCCCAAGGUGAACUCAACUCGGGGGCUUUGGGCUUAAUGAAUUGCCUUAAGAGAGAAGAAGGAGGAAAUUGUCUGCGUCUCUAUUUGAUCCUCGAUGAAGGUCUGCCCCAGUUUUCCCUUUCGGAACCCUUCUACGCCGAUCAAUUGGCGAAGGACUUGGCCAUCAAUGUGUACAGAAACGGUCACUGGGGCAGCUAUCGGCACCUGAAAAUGGAGUCCAAACAGGCUCUGUUGCCCGUGGAGCAAGCAUAUGUAAAUACCUUGAUUAAAGGGGAUCUCUCCUCACUUCGGUGGAUCGAGAGUCCCCGGCUGAAUCCAAGUCAAGCGAUCUUGGAACCCUGCACCGUUUACUAUGCUCCUCUAAAUUUCCGAGAUGUUAUGCUGGCCUCGGGAAAACUGGGAGUAGAUGCUCUGCCCGGGGAUCUGGCCUACCAGGAUUGUGUCCUGGGACUGGAGUUUGCUGGCCGGGAUUCACGUGGUCGUCGCAUCAUGGCCAUGGUCACUGCUAAAUCCCUAGCCACUAAUUGCUUGGCCAACAAAAAUCUCCUUUGGGAUAUCCCCUCGAAGUGGAGCAUGGAGGAGGCCUCUACAGUGCCCUGUGUUUAUGCCACUGUCUACUACGCUUUGGUGGUCAGGGGUCAGAUGAAGAAGGGUGAGAAGAUCCUCAUCCACGCUGGAUCUGGGGGAGUGGGCCAGGCGGCCAUCUCCGUGGCUCUUCACCAUGGACUGACCGUCUUCACCACAGUGGGCAGCAAAGAAAAACGAGAGUUUCUGCUCAAGAGAUUUCCCAAGCUACAAGCUCGUAAUAUCGGAAAUUCCCGGGAUACUUCCUUUGAGCAACUGAUCAUGACCGAAACCCAGGGCAGUGGAGUGGAACUGGUACUCAAUUCGCUCUCCGAGGAGAAGCUGCAAGCCUCCGUUCGCUGCCUGGCCCUGAAUGGCCGCUUUUUGGAGAUCGGAAAGUUCGAUUUGAGUAAGAACAGCUCCCUGGGAAUGUCCGUGUUCCUUAAGAACACCUCCUUCCACGGAAUCCUCCUCGACAGCAUAAUGGAGGGCGAGGAGGAGAUGCAGCUAAAUGUGGCGAGGUUGGUAACGGAGGGCAUCCGAAGUGGCGCAGUUCAACCGCUUCCCACAACUGUGUUUGCGGAACAGGAGAUCGAGAAGGCCUUCCGUUUCAUGGCCUCCGGCAAACACAUUGGCAAGGUGGUGAUCAAAGUUCGUCUGGAGGAGGAGCAGCAGGCAACCCUUCCGCGUCUCCGGCAGAUUCAGGCCAUUCCGCGAUCCUACAUGCACCCGGAAAAGAGCUACAUCUUGGUGGGUGGGCUGGGAGGAUUCGGCUUGGAACUGGCCAAUUGGUUGGUCUCCAGAGGAUCUCGCUUCCUGGUUCUGAACUCUCGAUCGGGCAUCAGAAGCGGCUAUCAAGCCCUGAUGGUUCGUCGUUGGCAUGACAGGGGUGUCCAGGUGCAGAUCGAUACGAAUGAUGUGACCACUGCGGUGGGCUGCCAAAAACUCCUCGAGGUCAGCAAUAAACUAGCCCUGGUUGGGGGUAUUUUCAACCUGGCUGCCGUUUUACGAGAUGGCUUGAUUGAGGAUCAGAACGCAAAGAACUUUGAGAAGGCGGCUGCUCCAAAGUUGCUGGCCACUCAGCACCUGGAUAGGAUCUCCCGGGAGAUUUGUCCCGCCUUGGAGUACUUUGUGUGCUUCUCCAGCCUUUCGUGUGGCAGAGGAAACCUUGGGCAGAGCAACUACGGACUGGCCAACUCUGCGAUGGAAAGGAUCUGCGAGCAGCGACAGGAGUACGGUUACCCGGGCACGGCGAUCCAAUGGGGAGCCAUCGGAGACACUGGGCUGAUCAUGGAGAACCUGGGGAACAACGAAACCGUGGUGGGUGGCACUCUUCCCCAGCGGAUGAACAGCUGUCUCGAGACCAUGGACCUCUUCCUGCAGCAACCCCAUCCCGUCAUGGCGUCCAUGGUUUUGGCAGAGAAGAGGGCAAUGGAGCAAAGCAACCGGCUGAGUCUUUUGGCCACCAUUGCCAACAUAAUGGGUCUCAAGGACGUGAAGAGCGUCUCCGACAAGACGACCCUCUUCGAUCUCGGCAUGGAUUCGCUGAUGAGCACGGAGAUCAAACAAACGCUGGAGCGGCACUUCGAUCUGGUGCUAAGUGCCCAGGAGAUCCGGCAGCUGACCUUCAGUGCCGUGCGGCAGAUCGACGCCCAGGAGCCCAGGGAAUCGGCGCCCACCAAGUCCAUCGCCCGGAAAUCCUACUCUAAUGGAAAGGCGGAGCACCACGUGGAGGUGCAGCUGCAGAGCGACGAGACGCGCAAGGUAUUCGCCAAGGAAGUAUUACCCCAGAAGGUGAUGGUGCACCUGCGAUCGAAGGCGCCCGUUGCCAGCGAGGAUCCUGCCGUGUUCUUCCUGGCGCCCAUCGAGGGAUUCACAAUAGCCGUGGAAGCGCUGGCCGCAUCCCUGACCUGCCCCGCCUACGGACUGCAGUGCACGGAGCAGGUUCCCUUGGACUCAAUCGAAUCCUGUGCCGCCUACUAUCUCGGCCAGAUCCAGAAGAUGCAACCCCUGGGUCCCUACCACAUCGUGGGUUACUCCUACGGCUGCCUUUUGGCCCACGCCAUUGGGGUGGCGUUGGAGCAGAGGCGGUUCGGGGUCAAGGUCAUCAUGCUGGACGGAGCACCCACCAUGGCCAGUGGAUACGUCCAGGAGGCCAAGAAGCAAACGGAUGACCUCGAUCGCCAGCAGUCCAUGACUUUGGCCUACUUCGGAGCCCUGCUCGCCGACGUGGACUACAACCAGCUACUCCAACUCCUCGAUGGAGUCCAGACUUGGCCCUCCAAGCUGGACAAACUGGCCGACACGCUGGCUGAUCACACGCAGCAAUCAAAAGAAGUGAUCAAAAAGGCCGCCUGCAUGUUUAAACAGAAGCUGUUGCUCUCUGAAAGUUACAAGGGCGCCAAACAACUUCACAGCGAUGUGGUUCUGAUUAAAUCGGCCGAGCACAAUGCAAUAAUGGCCCAGGACUAUGGACUCAAAGAGAUUUGCAGUGCCCAGAUCGAUAUGCAUGUGGUGAAGGGCACUCAUCGGACUUUCCUCAAGGAACCACACACUCUUCAGAUCAUCGAACAAGUUCUGAGAAAGCGUCCCUAGUGGAAAUCACGUAGUUUGUAGACCUAUUAAUACUAUUCUAAUGUUUCACCUUAUUAAUACACGUAGCAAUUUCCCUUUGAUUGUUUAAGUUAAUCGAUUUUGAAAAUAAUUGUAAAAAUUAAAUGUUUAGUUUUUAAUCUAAA